AUGUUAUUUUUGUUUCAAAUAAUUUUUUGUUCAAAACAAAUAUUAGAUCAUAAUGAACCAUUAGAUCUAAGAAUAAAUAUAUCAAGUACUUCAAGAGCAUACGAAAAUAAAGGAUUAGGUGAGAAUGUAGAUAUACAACAAAAGAGUCAAGAAAAAAGAAGUGCAAAUUUUGCUGUAGAACAUUAUUCCUCUAAAAGAUUUUCAUCUUGUGGUUCAAAUAUUGAGUUUAAUAAUAUUUUAACUGAAAAUAAAAAAGUGUUACAAGCACUUAAAGAAAAGUUUUUUUUAAAUAUGAAAAAACAAUCACCUACAGAUCUUAUCCAUUUUAACUUAAGCAAAAAUUCUAAAUAUCAUAGCAUUCGCAUUCGCAUUUUCUUGCAUUCUAGAUGGUUUAAAACUUUUACAAAUGAAACUUUUGAACUUCUUAUGAAUGACAUUGUAACUCUUUGCCUGUCAGAAAAUACUAAAAAGUUUUUUUUUGAAUUGGUUGAAUUUCUUAAAGAAGUUGCACAGUUUAUUGCUAGCUUUAAAAGCC